CAUGUGCAAAACUAGGAUCCUAUCACUCAUAUCCAGGGCAUAGGACUCUUUUACAAUGGGCUUUUUACUUGGCCUGAAAAUGGUUUUAGAUGGUUGUUUACAAGCAACUAUAUAGAGGUGAAGAUUCUUCAUUACUACACUUGAACAAACAGACAUUGUAGAUGGAGAUAAUGGCUCUGCCAUUGCAGCAAAACAUUUCCAUUACCAUUAAUUUCAGAUCGCCCUAUCUUUGUGCAAAAUCCACAUACCCAACUUUCUCUUUAACAAACGAAAACACAAAAAUUAGGAAACUGCAAAAUCCGAAACAGACUCGGGGAAACCCAAAAACCCACAUCAGUCUGUUAAAAUCACGCCAAACCCAGCUGAUUUUCAAUCCAAAAAGUCCUCCCAAAAGCAAACUUGAAGCUCUUGAAACUGUCAUCACUAAAUUAGAGUCUACAGUAAGCAAUGGCACUGAGGUUAAUGACCCACAAAUCUUCGCUUCCCUUUUAGAAACAUGCUUUAAUUUACAGGCUAUUGAUCAUGGUAUCCGUGUUCAUCGGCUCAUCCCCGAGAAACUUUUACGUAAAAACGUUGGCAUUUCAUCGAAGCUGAUUAGACUAUAUGCGUGUAAUGGACAAACCCAGAAGGCACACGAACUGUUUGAUAAAAUGCCUAAAAGAAAUGCCUCAGCAUUUCCUUGGAAUUCGAUUAUAUCUGGCUAUGCUGAGAAUGGUUUGUUUGAAGAUGCGCUGGCAAUUUAUUUUCAGAUGGUGGAGGAGGGUGUGGAGCCCGAUUGUUACACUUUUCCACGUGCGUUGAAGGCAUGUGGAGGAGUUGGGUUGAUUCAUGUAGGAGAGGAAGUUCAUCGGCAUGUAAUUCGUCGUGGGUUGGAAAGUAAUGGGUUUAUUUUAAACGCGCUUGUUGAUAUGUACGCCAAAUGUGGUGAUAUCGUUAAGGCUCGGAAACUAUUUGAUCGAAUUGGGACAAAGGAUUUGGUUUCUUGGAAUUCAAUGCUCAUCGGAUACAUUAGGCAUGAGCUCAUUAGUGAGGCGUUCAACUUGUUUCGUCUUAUGAUACGUGAAGGAAUAGUACCUGACUCUGUCUCUAUGUCAGCAUUACUUGUGGCCAGAUUACCUUUAUCAAUUGGUAAACAAAUUUAUGGAUGGGUUCUUCGUCGAGGGACUAAUCAAGAAUUGUCCGUUGUUAACUCUUUGGUUGACUUCUAUGCGGACCAAAAAAAGUUGAAGCAAGUGAGAUGGUUGUUUGAACAUAUGCACGAACGAGAUGUGAUAUCAUGGAAUUCGGUCAUUUCAGCGCACUCUAAGCACCCUGAAGCUCUAUCGUACUUUGAGAAGAUGGUGAAAUUUGGUGCCACACCAGAUGGUGUUACAUUUGUGUCAUUGCUAUCGACAUGCGCUCAUUUAGGAAAACUAGAAGAUGGGGAGAGGUUGUUUAGAAUUAUGAAAGAGAGGUAUGAUAUUAGUCCAAGGAUGGAACAUUAUGGCUGUAUGGUGAAUCUAUAUGGAAGGAUAGGAUUGAUAGACAAAGCUUUUGAUUUCGUAAUGAAGAGAAUGGAAUUUGAAGCUGGACCAACCAUUUGGGGUGCAUUGUUAUAUGCUUGCUACAGACAUGGCAAUGUUGAAAUAGGAGAGAUAGCUGCGCAACAUCUGUUCGAGCUGGAGCCGGAUAAUGAGCAUAAUUUUGAGCUUUUGAUGAAGAUUUAUAAGAAUGCUGGUCUACUAGAAGAUGUAGAGAGAAUAAAGCUAAUGAUGGUAGAACGAGGAUUAGAUCGUUCGAUACCAUACAAAAGAUGUUAAAGUUUCUUGAAAUGACAUUUUGCCAAUGAUUUUUCAGUAAGGAAAGUGGGAAUGAAAAUUUAAGUGCACUAAACACAAAGGGAAUGAAGAUUCAGGAAACACUAUUGAGACAGUUUUUGUACAACUAUUUAUCAAUUUACAGAAUUCUAAUUUUCAACUCAGCAUCAUCAGGUAUUUUGAAUGAUCAAUUUGAUAUGGAA